AUGACGCUCUACGACACCUUGAACAAGAUUCCACUUUUUUCUGCUGCCAAGUACAGAGGAGAUGGAGGAAAGAGACCUAUGCCCGAUUGGAAGAUUGAACCACAGGAGAAAAACAAGAACGAGAACAUCAACUGCAACAACCAGGCUCGUGACCAAGACUACAGAAACAACCAAAGUUUUGACAGAGGACAUUUAUUUCCAAGCUCUUAUGGAUCUGAUCAGAUUGAAAAAAUGUCGACUUUUACUCUGACUAACAUUGUUCCACAACAACACAAAUUCAACACAGGAAGAUGGAACAGAAUGGAAAAAUGUGUCAAAUGUGUUCUGAAUAAAUUCUGCAUUAAUAACAAUGAGGAAAUAGAAGGCUUUAUAGUAAUAGGAGCACUGCCCAGCAACAGUAGUCUCAACAACAGGAUCAAUAUUCCUUCAGUGCUCUGGUCAGCUUUCUGCUGCUUCAGUAAAAGUCAGAACAGCUGGCUGGCAAGUGCACACUGGGGGGAGAAUGUGGCAGAAGGCCCUGAAUACCUGCAGACACAGAAAUUAACAGAACUCCACAGAACCCUGGGAACUGAAGCUUUUCCUGGAACACAAUGUCCUCUUGACACAACUGUCACUCACUUUUAUUCAGAUCUUAACCCUACCUGCAACUGCCCACCAACCAUGUUGAGUACAUCUGCCCCUCCUACUUCCACAGGUACCCCUUCAGUUUCUUUUUCUACUACAACAUCUAAUUCACCACGCCCUAGCAGUACCACAUCCUUUUAUUCUACUGCAACAUUUGUUCCUAUCACCACUGAUAAGUCUACAUCUAGCUCUAUUCCUAUGGUAUCUGUCUCUUCUUCUGGAACCACCUCUGACCCCCCAAGCACCAUGCCUGUCACCAAUUCUGGUGCUCCCAGCACUACUCACUAUACCACUGGCACCAACACUGGCCCCCCAAGCACCAGGUCCUCCAACCCCUCUGGCCUUCCCAGCACUACUCAUCCUACCACUGACAUCACCUCUGGCCCUCCCAGCACCAUGCUCUCUACCACUUCUGCAAAACUCACUAUAACACUGGAACCACCUCUGGCCCUCUGA